AGGCGGGGCAGGGGGUGCCUCUGCUGCGGGCGGUGGCCUCGCUCGGGGGCGGCGGCGAGGUGGAGCUGGGCGGCCCCGGCCCCGUCCCGUGCCGGGGAGCGGCUCCUCGCAGCCUCGCUGCCCCGUCCCGAGCGCUCCUGUGGCCGCGGCUCAUGAGUGAAGAUGGUGAUCCGCGUCUUCGUCGCCUCCUCCUCGGGCUCGGUGGCGAUAAAGAAGAGGCAGCAGGAUGUGGUGAGGUUUCUGGAAGCCAACCGCAUAGAGUUCGAAGAAGUGGAUAUCACCAUGUCAGAGGAGAAGAGGCAAUGGAUGUAUAAAAAUAUUCCUGAGGACAGGCAGCCUGCACAAGGCAAUCCACUGCCACCACAGAUAUUCAGUGAUGAUCGGUACUGUGGGGAUUAUGAUGGCUUUUUUGAAUCAAAGGAGAGCAAUACUGUAUUCUCCUUUCUUGGACUGAAACCUACUUUGGCAUCAAAGGAGUCAGAACCCUAGAAAGCCCAUAUGAAGUUACAACAAGCACAUUCCUGAAUGAGUGACUAUCCUUCAGCACAUAACAGCUUCCCUAAUGGAUCACUGUGAUAGAGCAAAUGUGUGUCAGUAGUAGUAGUCUGCUUGCCAUGAGAUGGUGCUCUCCAAUAAUGUGGAGCUAAUAACAUGCACAUGAAGUAGGAUUAAGGCUGGGCUACUCAUCUUCCUUUGUAAAAAUGCUCACUGUUGAUGUUUCACUUUUGUCUUUUGGUUGCUUUUGCAACUGGCCCUGAUAUUCUAACAGGCAUGUGUGUUUGAGAAUAAGGAGUGAAAGUGUAGGGCUUGUAUCAUUCAUGGGUAUUCUUAUACAGUCACAUUCCUUAUCUUUUUUAAUUCCUCCCACUACUGUAGUUCAAAUGAAUAGUUAAAGUGCUGCUGGUUAUUAUGAUGUUUGUGCUGGCUAUGAUCCAGAAGGUAAAAAGCAUCAAUCUUGAGCUCUCAGUCUAAGCCAAUAACUGACAUAUUUUUGCUCUACAUUUAUUUAUUUAUUGUGAUGUUUAUUCUAGAUCAUGGUUAUUUUAAGAGACAUGGGCUGCUAAUGUUGUUAAUGAAGACUUGAUUUGUCUAAUGAUGCACAUUGCAACUGACUGUUAAAAGAAGUUGCUAUCAUGAAGGAGGUGCCAAAGUGAAAUAUUUUGACAUGUUUCCAAAUGCAGGUGAAAUGUUCAGUAAAUGUUUCCUUGGUGGAAACACUGGGGAGUUCAGAAGAAUUAAAGGGGUCUUACAACUAGUGAUACUAUGAAGUUAUCUCUUAAAUGAGGAAGUCUUAACACCCAAGGCUGGAGCUCUAUAGUUGGACUGUCUUAAAAUGAAAUUUUGCCAAAACUUCAGUUUACCUUCAAUAACACACGGCUCCACCACAAGCCACAUGAGAGUCAAGGGGGUACUUUGAGAGCUAGGUGUCAGUCCCAUGAUGGUUAAACACUCCACCAUGGUCCAAGAGCAUGCCUAACUUGCCUAGCUGUUGUCCUCGUUUUAUAUCCCCAGAUGUGGUGAUGUGAAGGUGCCUGGAAGACAGUGAGAAAGCUGAGUGUGUGCUUUGCCAAAUGAGGCCAGAAAGGUUGUUCAGUUGAGUAAUAAGUAAAGGAAAUGGAGAUUAUUCCAGUGGGACUGCACUGAUGCACAUAGCAGAACUUAGGCCCAUUACUUGCCAAUAAUUAUUACAAAAUGCAUUCUAGACAGAAGUAAAAUUGCAUCAUGCAUUUUGAAUCAAAUCUGAUACAUAAAUAACAGCUGUGUUGUGAUGUGGCUUUUCCUACAGUGAUUUCAUACUGGCAAGGUGGUGCCACCACAGUGAAUGUCCUUGUGUCUUCGGGUAAAUGGGACACAAGCCACCAUGCAGAAAAGCUACUUUGCAAUCACAGCAUCCCUCAGACUGUGUGGUUUGAAGGAAGCCAGACUUGUAAAAAGUGUCAGAAAGCAACACUACCA